UUUGUCUCAUCCUUGUCUCCGUCAACCGUGCUGACGUAGAAACAGGAAGUAAACAGUUGGAAGUGUCUCUGCAGUAAAAUGUCUGUUUCCAACCCGAGACAAACCUUUCUACACCCGACGAUCCCCUUCGCUGGGACCAUCCUGGGCGGUUUGCUGCCGGGGGAGAUGGUUGUUAUUCAGGGUUCGGUGCCGUCGGACGCCGACAGUGCCAAGGUCUCUACCUCUCCUCUUGGGUUCCAGGUAGAUUUCACGUGUGGCAGCAGCGUGAAGCCGAGGGCCGACGUGGCGUUUCACUUUAACCCGCGGUUCAAGAAGUCCCCGUGUAUCGUCUGCAACACGCUGCAGGGCGGGCGCUGGGGCUCAGAGGAGAUCCUGUACCAGAUGCCGUUCACCGUCGGAGGGACGUUUGAGCUCAUCUUCCUCGUCCUGAAGGACAAGUUCAAGGUGGCGCUGAACGGAGGUCACGUGUUGGAGUACAAACACAGACUGGAGCUGGAGCGGGUCGACACUCUGGCUAUAUCCGGAAAGGUCAAAGUUCAAGCUGCGGGCAUCCUCCCGAGCUCGAGUUCAGCUUCUCCGGAAACCAGUUUGACCAGCCAGGAAUCCCUGAGGACAAACGCACCCGUCAGAUCAAUAAUCUCGUCUUCAGGCGACUUGAGCAUUCCCUUCAGAGGAGAGCUGGUUAAAGGACUGAGUGUUGGACGCAGCGUCACUGUUAAAGGAGAGACUAAUCAGAAAGCACAAAGUUUCGCUGUGAACCUGCGAGUGUCCGGCAGCAGCGACAUCGCUCUUCAUCUGAACCCUCGUCUGAAGAAAGGAGUCUUCGUCAGAAACUCCUUCCUGUCGGAGUGCUGGGGCCCCGAGGAGACGAAGCUGGACUCCUUCCCGUUCACUGCGGGCCGAUACUUCGAGAUGAUCAUCCGCUGUGACUCGCAACAGUUCAGAGUUGCCGUGAACGGGGACCAUCAGCUGGACUACAAACACAGAGUCCAGGACCUGAGCCGCAUCACGCAGCUGGAGGUGCUGGGAGACGUCACGCUGCUGGACGUCAAGAUCCUCUGAACUCUGACCUUUAACGCGCCCACGCCAUCCUGUAGAACAUAUAUAUUUAUAUAAUCAGUGAGGUUGGAGCGAGAUAUUUCUGAAGAGACUGAAACAAACUAACUGCUGUCAGUGAUUCUUUAAUUGUUCCUGUUAACGCACUUUGUGAAGGAUUUAAUUAUCAGAGAACACAAUGCAUCAUGGGAGUGUUCCUUUGUAACCAGAUCAAAUAAACUAACCACUUGAACCUUUAA